AUGAGCGGUGAGGAACGUAAGAACUUCGAGGAUCUUUCCUCGUCCCGCAUCGAGGACAUAGGCAGCGCGAGUUGGUAUAUGGCUGGCUCGGAACAGACGGAUCUCCACGAUAUGUCCGGCUAUCCCGCCGCGCAACGUCUGCAAGACUUCAACCCUCAACACAACUCGAGCGGUCUUCCUCCGUGGACCUCGCAACCUGCAGCGUCGUAUGUUGAUGACGCUUUCCCCACACCAAACGGCUCCGGAGCCAAACCCUAUGUCAGUUCUUAUCUCGAAGGAGUUGCCCACCCGGUGCAAGAAUACGACACGACGUGGUACGGGGCUUCGUCCGGCGCCUAUCCCGGCUACGGAGUCCCUCCCCCGCCACCGCUGCAACCGUUGGAAGAUGCGCCAUCGUACUCGAAACCGUUGCCAUCCUUGGCAACGUUACCGCCGAUGUCGUCGUUCUGUAGAGAUCUUGCCGGUUCACCUCCUCCGUUGAUAAGUUCGCUCAAACCUCAGUUCGUCCCGCCGGCUGGGGGGCCCUCGGUGUCCGCGGCACCGGCAGUGCAAGGUUACGCUCAUUCGCCAAAUUCUUUGUCGUCUCCUCCACCCACAGUGUGGUCGAACACGACGACAGCACAAACACCUCCUCUGAUCGGCGCAACAGCUCAGCCGCGCUCGCUGAGUCUGCUGGAUGCACAGAGGCCGGAAGAGAGGUUUGAGGACAAUGUUAGCCUGGCAGGUGAGUUUGUUGCUUCUACGUCAACAGCGAAAAUGGCAGAGAACAAAUCGGACUUGAAGCGAGCCAAGCUCCCCCUGCAAGUUCCACCAUUGCCGUCUGGGAAGGGCGUGAAGCGCGCCCGAAGCGCGACGUCGUCGAACUCCGGCUGGCAUUCGAGCAACUCGAACUCCGGCGACGGCUUCGGGGGCUCGGAUGCCGACGACGAUCCGGAAACGAAAAUGGAACGUGAAAAAGAGAAGCGUCAAGCGAACAACGCACGAGAGCGCAUCAGGGUGCGUGACAUAAAUGAGGCGUUCAAGGAACUCGGACGCAUGUGCAUGAUACACCUGAAGACGGACAAGGCGCAGACGAAGCUCAACAUUCUGCACCAGGCAGUCGACGUCAUCACGCAGCUGGAACAGCAGGUCCGCGAGCGGAAUCUCAAUCCGAAAGCGGCCUGUCUGAAGCGACGAGAACAAGACAAAAGCGAUGAUCCCUCACUACCGGGUGCGUUCGGACAGUCGGCUGCAGGAUACGGAGGUCAGAUGGCACCGUCGUCAACGGCGGCUUGGAUGGACUACGGCCAAGCCGGUCUGGGUCAGGCCCCAUCAGAGCAAACGAACUCGAUCACCUAA